CUCAACCCUUUUAUCAGGAUUGAGGAGGAAAUGCACCCGUGGGCAGUCAACAAGUCACAACAGCUUGACCGUCCCCUCCUGCGGAUUUGGGACAGUUGGUCUGGAAGCCAGCCGGACAAGGAUUCAAGGAUGCUGUCAAGAGCGCCAGACAUGCCACUCGACACAAAAGAAGCACGAAGAGAAUCACUUGCUGCUCAUCUCGAUCACAGAAAUUGGGCGAAGCCGACACCUUAUAUCUCCUUUACUACAUCGGCAGAUGCGGUGGCGAGACUCGCAGACAUGAGAAUCCAACGCAGAGGACCACAAACUCUCACCGUCGUCGAUCCAAGCAGCCGACUCAGAAACGGUCUACCAGUCCUCGAUGUCACUGCUGAGAUGGACUACCAUUGUAUUCUAGAUCCCUACGGAAAGGGAAAUGAAUACUACAUGGACCACUAUGUCUGUUUGUGGGAAGUGACUGCAGAAGAGGUUGUAGACAGAUGGGACUGGGCCGAGCUAACUUCAGAAGAGAAUUGGUAUGAAGAUGUAAUCAUGCCAGCAUUCAACCGA